AUGACCUUGCAGCUUCUUCGAUCUGCAAGUGAGGCUUCGUCCCUCUUCGACACACACGCUCUUCAAGCGCGCCAAACCGAACGGAUUCAAAUUGACGUCUCUCGCUCCACUGCUCAGCUAGCCGAGGCUAUCAAACAGAUGACGGCCUCAACACACGAGGAGAUGCGCAAGAUCAACGAAACGGCCACGACGCUGAAGAUCAGCCUUUCGGAAACCUCUGACCUACGCACUCCUUCCGAGUUUAUGAGCGGAGGGCUUCGCGCGCUUUUCUCAUUCUCACGGGACUUCGACGCUUUAACGACGCCUCAUAGCUUCGACCUCCAUCCGAUCGUCCAGCUUAGUCUUCUCUUUUUCCGACUUCUCGUGUUUCUGAUGCGAGGCUUGCUGUCGUCUCCUACGAUCAUGUUCAUCUUAUUCUGCACCUUUGCGAUUCGCAUGAUUAUACACAGGAUUUUUGUACCCACCGCGAUUGAUCCGCGGACAACCGCUAGAACAAGUACAUUCCAGAUGUUUGACGCGAGCGGUGCCUCGGUUCCAUUCCGCGCAAGCCGAUUCGAGGACAGUGGUGCGCUCGCGGAUGUCAAGAAUACCAGAUAG